AUGCGGGAAGUCAACUUCAGCAUUCCCAAUGUGAACAAGGCUUCGGUCAACAUCACCACUACCCUCUACGACCGUCGUGCUCUUGAUUGCACAUCAACACUACCGCUCAUAAACUCCCUCAACCAUCUUGCAUACCUCACAACUUCGUCCGCUCGCAUUCGAGAUAUCCUCACUGUCGAUGGCGGCAUCGAGCGAUUGGUAUGCAUCCUCAAAGAGGGCCGGAGCAAAGACUUGAUGGAAAUGUGGAAAUGGAGUCUCGCCUUUCAAUGUGUCGUCAAUAUCGGUGUGCGAGGUUCUGAGGGUGUGCGGACCAGAGUGGUGGAGGCCGACAUGGUCCCCGUCAUUGCCACAAUCCUGAACAACUACAUCAAAGUGGUGGACAAGGUGCGAUCGCGCAACGACCCCGAUUCCGAGAAGCAGCCUGCCUGCAAGCAAUCGAGGCCCAGCAGCAGUCGUGAACCCUCCACUCGCUCGACCCCUAUGGAUACCGAUGCCCUGACCGAGUCACACCCCCAAGUCGAUUUACAUCAAUCUCGCCGACAAGCCCCCCCGCCGAGUAUCGAAAUUCCCCGACCAUUCUAUCAGGACAGCCAGCCCGUCGAUUCCGAUGCCAUGGACAUUACAUCCCCUCCUCGUGCGCCGAUGACAUCGCCCCCGGAACGAAGUGCUUUUGGCCAGGAAUCCAGCGGUCACCGGCUAAAUGACGGGCGGUUCCCACGCGCUAGCAAUCGUCUGCGUUCAAUGCGACCUCUUGCCACAGCAGUACCUUCAAUGGACACUGCCGAUGGAUUUGGACUGCGUCCUGUCCGUGAUACUGAGCGUCUUCCUAGCAUGCUUCCCGGUUUGCAGACCGGAAUUGUCUCGCAGCCCGAUUCCCCGACUACUCCGAGUGGCCCCCUCCACUCACAACCCCGGACCCUCCCCCAAACGAUUGCCGCCCGCCAACGCCCUUUGAUCCGCCAGCAACAGUCGGCGUCCGGUGAAUCAGAUGAUGCCAAUGGCGAAGAUUCGACCAUGGGAGAGGAUAGCGCGAUGGGACAGCCCGCUGAAGCCAUCGUUGGAAUUCCGAACCACCGAAUGGAACUUGAUGGUGCCGACGAACGAACACCGACGAUGCUUGACAAUGUCUCUACCGCGCAUGGGCUGACCGUCACGGAUCCUUCUGAGGAGGGCGGCCCGGAGGUGGAGACGUUCAAUAUCACACAUCGAUCAAUCGUCGACGGUAGCAUCAACAAUAACGGCAACGCACAGGCCAACGGCGGACUGGGCUUAUCUCCUACACAAGCCACCAACAACCCUAAUUCUCCUACUCUCGCCCCCAGUCCAUACGCCCUGUACCUCCGUGACCGAAACGCUCCCGCUGCCCAGGGAGUAUUGACAACUAUGCCUCGUGACGAGGAUGUUCUGAUGUCCCUCCAGCUCCUGGCAUAUGUCUCUAAAUACUGCAACCUCCGCUCAUACUUCCAGUCAUCUCAUCUUGUUCCCAAGUUGAAGAUCGACCGUGAACUCCACCUUCUGGAUGAGAACGCCGAUGCCUCUCUACCAGUCGAGAUGUGUGAGGAGGAGGAUGAGUACUUGCUUCCCGACGAUGUCAACAUCUUCCCCUUGGUGGAGAAGUUCACUGUUCGCCAUCACUCUAAGGACAUGCAAUAUUGGGCAUGCGUGGUCAUGCGUAACCUCUGCCGCAAAGACGAGGCAAGGGGCGGUAUCCGCCAGUGUGCAUACUACAAGUGUGGCAAGUGGGAGGAGUUCCAACGUCAGUUUGCCAAGUGCCGACGUUGCCGCCGCACCAAAUACUGCAGCAAAGAUUGCCAGAAAUCCGCGUGGGUAUACCACCGGCACUGGUGCCACACGACCCCUUGA